AUGGUCAAGACUUCCGUCCUCAACGAUGCGCUCAACGCCAUCAACAACGCUGAGAAGGCUGGCAAGCGCCAGGUCCUGAUCCGUCCUUCCUCCAAGGUCAUCGUCAAGUUCCUCACUGUCAUGCAGCGUCACGGUUACAUUGGCGAGUUCGAGGAGGUUGACGACCACCGCAACGGCAAGAUCGUCAUCCAGCUCAACGGCCGCAUCAACAAGACCGGUGUCAUCUCCCCUCGUUACAACGUCCAGCUCCGCGACAUGGAGAAGUGGGUCGUCAAGCUACUUCCCUCGCGUCAAUUCGGUUACAUCGUCCUGACCACCUCCGCUGGUAUCAUGGACCACGAGGAGGCCCGCAGGAAGCACGUUGCUGGCAAGAUUCUCGGUUUCUUCUACUAG